AUGGCGUCCGGAACUCUCUACACGUACCCGGAAAACUUCAGAGCCUACAAGGUGCUGAUUGCAGCUCAAUAUUCCGGUGCUCAAAUCAAGAUAGCAGAUGAUUUUGUUUUCGGCGAGACAAAUAAAUCCGAAGCUUUUUUAAAGAAGUUUCCGCUGGGCAAGGUUCCAGCAUUUGAAACAGGCGAUGGAAAAUGUAUUACAGAAAGCAAUGCAAUCGCUUAUUAUGUGGCAAAUGAUCAGCUGAGAGGUAAAACUGAUCUUGAACGUGCAGAAAUCAUUCAAUGGUUUGGGUUUGCAGAUUCUGAAAUUCUUCCAGCUAGUUGUGCAUGGGUAUUUCCAUUGCUUGGAAUUAUGCCAUAUAAUAAACAGAAUGUAGAACAUGCUAAAGAUGAUGUGAAAAAAGCAUUGACUGCCCUUAACUCCCAUUUACUUACACGUACUUACUUAGUCGGAGAACGACUGACAUUAGCCGACAUUAGUGUAGCUAUGACAUUACUUCAUUUAUAUCAAUAUAUUCUUGAACCAAACUUACGCAAACCGUACCAGAACGUAAAUCGAUGGUUUCAAACUGUUAUUUAUCAGCCAGAGUCAAUGGCUGUCAUUGGGGCCUUCAAAUUGGCUGAAAAAACUCUUGAAUAUGAUCCAAAGAAGUUUGCAGAAACACAAGGAAAAUCCUCAAAGAAGGAAAAGAAAGAAAAGGAAUCCAAGAAAGAAUCAAAAGAAGCAAAAGAAUCUAAAAAGGAGGCUACCGAAGAUCUAGAUCCAGCAGAUGCUGUUUUGGCUGCCGAACCUAAAACUACAAAUCCUUUUGAUACAUUACCUAAAGGAACUUUUGAUCUUGAUGACUUUAAGAGAUGUUAUUCGAACGAAGAUGAAUCAAAGUCGAUACCAUAUUUUUGGCAGAAGUUUGAUCCAAAACAUUACAGUAUUUGGCUUGGUGAAUACAAGUAUAACAAUGAAUUAACAAAGGUUUUCAUGUCUUGCAAUUUAAUAAGCGGAAUGUUUCAACGAUUAGACAAGAUGCGAAAGGGCGCGUUCGCUAGUGCUUGUUUGUUUGGUACAGACAAUGACAGUAGCAUCAGUGGUAUUUGGGUUUGGCGUGGACAAGAACUUGCUUUCACAUUAUGCCCGGACUGGCAAGUAGAUUAUGAAUCAUACCAUUGGACCAACUUGGAUCCGGCUAAAGAAGAAACGAAACAACUAGUUCAACAGUACUUCAGCUGGACCGGCACUGAUAAAGAGGGACGUAAAUUUAAUCAGGGAAAAGUUUUCAAGUAAAAUUUUGCCAUAUGCUUACUAUUAAACAGAACACUUUGUUCGCAUGAAAUAAACGUGAAAAAAACUGAUAAAACAUCAUCGAACUUUACAUGCAAACCUUUAGAAUCCUGUACUGAAUAGGAUGGUUAAAAAA